AUGGAUUCCGUCAAAAGUUUCAAGAUGAUACGGUUGUACCGCGCAUUCAAUACUGUAAUUCAAAUGGCCAUUGACCGUGGUUUUGUCGUAAGUCAUCCGUCCGAUGUUGCCAAUGCAAUCCGCGAUUCAAGGUUGUACGAUAUAACGGAUGGCCUGAAUUACCAGUGGUUUACCCAAAGAUGCUCUUCUUAUUUACAACGUCACCGGCAGACGACCGCUGAAGAAGAAGAGGAGGCGAAGCAGGAAGGGAGGCCGGGAAAGGAUCCGUCGAAAUCGAAGCGUACAAAAGCGCUCCGUGAUGCUUCACAAGAUUUCCUUUACUCUUCGCUGGAGCUUGUGUGUAAGGGGUCAUCCUCUCGAAUCGGUUUCGGGGGUGGGGCAAUCAGUUGCAAAACGGAAGAUGAGGUGGAUGGAAGGGGCCCCACAGCCGAGCCUUCUAGUCGAAAAAAGAACGAAACAAUUCUGUGUGCGUUCUUUGUUCAAUCACUUGGCGUGGAUGUCCUAAAUAACCUUCGAGAGGUGGCACAACGGAGAAAUGCCAGUUCUAUGAUCGUUGUGGUUGGGUCUAAGGUUCGCGGAGGUCGGCGAAGUAUCCGUGAAGCGGGAGGCGGCCUCCAUCCCGGUACAACAGGGCAGGUUAUUCGGAUUCAGGUAUUCGAGGAGGAUGAGCUCGCAUACAACAUAUCAAGGCACCAAUCGGUGCCGAAACACGUGCCGAUGACGGAUGUUGAAGUCCGGGCGUUCCUGGAGCAAAGGAAGCUGAUGAUUACGCAACUUCCGCGUAUACUUAACGACGACCCAAUGGUUGAGUAUUUGGACCUUCCCCGCGGAAGCAUCAUACGGAUCGAGCGUAGGACCGAUGAAGGCUCAACGUACGAAAUGUAUCGACAUGUUAUUUAG